AUGGCUCUGGGUAUAAAUGCAUUCUGUGUAGAUCCUGACGGAGUGCUGAAACUGCAGCUCCAAUAUUUUUCUUUCACUGUACAUCCCAGACUGAGAAACAUCCACUGCUGUGGGGUCAAAGCCUACAACAUUAAAGACCCACAGAUGAAGUGCUGUGCAGGAACACUGUACAAUCUGACAUCAUUAGAUGAGCAUGGAGGGGAUGCGCAGUGCUGUGGAUCCAUUCUGCAAAAGCCACAGGAGAUUUGCUGCUCAGGUGAGGACAAAGAGGUGCUUUACACUGUCAAGACAGGAUUUGGAUGCUGUGGUCACCUCUAUUACAACACCACUUUGUGGUCGUGCUGCGCUGGGAGGCUUACAUUAAUCAAUGAAUCAGAACAGGAUCAGAGAAAGAUGAUUAAUGAAUACCGACAUCUCUCUGUGAAUAAUCUGAACAAAACUUCUCUUUGCAAUAAAGUGCGCAUUGGGAUUGUGGAAAGUGUGUCUCUGCAUAGCAUUGUUUUCAAGAGCAUGCUAAAAGUCCAUGGGAAGAAGGCCAAAGUCAAAGCUUUGUCUUUGCCGUACACCCUGAAAAUAGUUGAUCACUGCAGCUCCCCUAAACUGAUUCCUGGGAAGAUCUAUAUCUUUAACAACGUUAAUAUUUUCACUGAUUUCAAUCAUCAAUCUGUUCUUCAAUCACUGCAUUUCAUUUUUUCCAAGUGUUCACCUUAGACCAGUAAUCACAUUCUAGUUACAACUGUAUUUUUAAUUGUGUUACAAAGGUCAUCUCCUUGAAGACAGAUUAGAAGAAGAGAAAAUCAUUAAAAGUGCCAUAUGGGCAUUUCUUUCAUUUUAGUGCAUUGAAGGACAAGAACGUGCAAGUACAAACUACUUCGAGCUUGAAAGUGACAUGCACAUUGAUCCCAGCCAAGCAGCUAGAGUCCUCAUUCUGUUUAUUUGGGACUGUAGUCUAACUAGUGUGAUGGUACACCUAAGGUCAUGUUAGAGUAAUGCAAAAAAAGAUAAGAUGAAUAAAAAUUAUUUAUUUAUAAAACUAUUUAAAAUGUAAAGUAAUUAAGGAAGUAAUAACUACUUCAAAAUCACCAAGAAAUGUCAAACUUUAAUUACUUUAGUUACAAUUAUGUCUUUACUUGUGUUACUUUUAAAAAAAACAAUGAGCAAUGUGUAAUUUCUUACUGUUUAUGGGAACCAUCCCAUCUUUAUGUAACAGUACAACAUUCAACCUUACAGACCCACACAACAAAAAAAGAAGAUAUAAACGUGAUCAUCUUUAGGUAUAGCCACAAUUACCAGCAAAGUUAGUGGAAAAACAGCUCAAAAUUUUCAAAUAGCCAGUUCAGUAGAGUUCUCUGGAAUUGACACAGUCAUCUUAAGCAGCGGUCCCCAACCUUUUUUAAUGCCCGACAAUAUUUUCAUGGA